AUGUCUUGUAAUAACUCUCGAUCUAUACAAUCACCUAAUCGGAAUCAGCCAUUUCGAGCAUCAUCUCAAAGUUACUAUAAUUCGCAAACAAAACACCAGUAUGAUCAUCAUCACCGUUCACGGCAAUCAGCAAACUCUCAAAACAGAGGUACUGCCGGUCCACCACUGUCCACCCAUACCACCAUAGAUGAAAGCGAAGCACUAUAUCGCACAUAUCCAUAUCUAUUUAAUAAAGAUUUUCGGUUUUCAUCCGUUCAAGCCCAUCAAAUACCUGAAUUAUAUACAACUAAAAUAUGGUCAAUGGAUAGACUCAUACAGUUGAAGGAAAAAUUGAAUAGAAAUCGUAGUGCACUAGAUGAUAAACCUAUAGAAGAAUGGAAACGUCAUACGAAAAGAACAAAUUUAACCAAUGAUAUUGUUUAUAAAUUAAGAAAAGAUUCUAAUAUUGAAAUGUGUACAAAAGCGUGGACAAAAAUAACUGAACUCUAUAAUAAAUAUGAUGAACUUAUACCAAAUUUGAAAGAUGAGUAUGAUAAUUGUAUAAGAUUUUAUACACUACAUUUAUGUGAGGGACCCGGUGCAAUGAUUUGUGCAACAAAUCAUUUUCUUCGUCAGAAAUAUGAGACAAAUCUUAACUGGCAUUGGAUGGCUACUACAUUAAAUCCGUAUAAUGAAGCGAAUGAUACUCAAGCGAUGCUAAUCGAUGAUCGAUUUAUUGUGGAGACAAUGAAGCAAUGGUAUUUCGGUGUAGAUAAUACGGGUAAUAUUAUUAAUCGAACAAAUAUUCGUGGUAUAUGGAAAGAAUGUGUUGACGAAAAUAAAGUACAACUAGUAACAGCUGAUGGCUCAAAGGAUUCAAGUGAUAAUCCGAAUGAACAAGAGGCAGGUGUAGCUGAAAUAUUAUUUGCUGAAGUUAUCACAGCUUUUGGAUCAUUGCGACAAGGCGGCUGCUAUGUUAUGGAAAUGUUUAAUCUAUUUGAAUGUCAUACUGUUUGUUUAAUUUAUUUAUUAACAUUAUUCUUUGAUCACGUUUCAAUAUCAAAACCAGCUUCUUCGCCUGCGUCCAAUGCUGAAACGUAUGCUGUUUGUAGAAACUUUCGGGGUAUCUCAAUGGAUGUUUUGAACAACUUGCUUAAAUUUGUUGGUCAAUCUUCCUCAGGAGAUAUGGCCAUGUUCCCAGAACAAUUUGUUCCUGCUAACUUUCGAGAAGAAAUGAUAAAAUGUUCAGAAUUCUUUACUGAGAGACAAAUUGAAUCUAUUCAACGAAAUCUUGAUCUCGAAGAUAAAUGGACAAAAUCUAUGAAUGAUUCAUGUAGAAAACUUAUAAACAAAGUAACAGAUGAAUUUAUUCAAAAGUAUAAUAUUAAAUUAAUGGAUAGCCAAUAUCGUAUUGUUAAAAGUACAGAUCUUGACGGAACACAGAAAGAACGUCAAGCAGUUGCUGAAAAUCGGAGAUCAUUCCUUCAAGGUGUAACUACAAGUCAUUUUUCAACUAUUGAAACUACAAAUGAAAUACCUGUUAUUCCUGGUGAACCGUUUUUUGAUGAGACUGACGUUUCACCUUCAUCGAUAAAUAUCAAUUCACAAUGUAUUAUUGUUGCACCUAAAUUAAAGACGGUUAUUUCUUCACUUUUCGUCCUCGCUCAAACAGUUGAACGGCUAUACAAAUUACGUGAAAGUAUAUUAGAUAUGGAACAAUUUUGUUCUCGAUCAAAACAAAUAUUUUUCAGUGAAUGGUUAAAGGAAAUAGGCUCGAAGAAAUACAGUUUUCCCGAAGUAGCCAUUCAAUUAGCCUCUCUUGAUAAAAUGCUGAAAGUUGUAAGUGACUUUCAACCAUCAUUUCCUCAAGAACCACUACGGUUCAUUGUAUUAUCUGAAAGUUACGGCUCUGGUUGUGCUGAAUAUAUUAAUUGGCAACAAAAUGCUUUUAUUUAUGGCGUCAUAUUUAUAGCAGAAAAGUCACAAAAAUAUCAGACUCGUCAGCGUGAUUGUUAUCUAGUACAUCAUCCAAAUGAUGUAUCAAUACCAUAUGAAGCUGUAAUUAAUACAAGAAAUGUUGAAGCUAAGUAUAAGGAAAAGUUUUUACGAUCAUGUCGUUAUGCUCUCAAAUAUCUUGGUAUUAGAGGAACUUAUGUAUGUAAAAUAUCCGAAACGUUAACACGUUUCACCGCUGGUUUACUCUAUUUACUUUAUGUGAGUUUUGACAAAAUAACAAUUGCUAAGCCAUUUACUCUGAGUCCAGCAUCACCCGAUCGCUUUCUUGUUUGUCAAGGAUAUCUUGGCUCCCAAGUUUCUUCAGGAAUUAUUGAACAUAUUGAACAUGUUAUACGGAUUUUGGAGGUCGAAAAUAUUAAAGGUAACGAUAUUAUGGAAAUAGUACCACUGUCGUGCAUAUUUUGUCGAACAUUUUUUAAAUAUAUUGCCGAUACAACUCAAAGAUUUAUUGACAGAGAAAUACAAGCAAUACAAAAAAUUCAAUAUAUGAAUUCAAAUCCAUCUUCAAUACCGAAUACAGGAAUUAAUUUACGUUUACAAAAAGCAACGGAACGUCUUUCAAUAAACAAGAGAAUUAUUAAAUAA